AUGACCAAAACUCAUCGAAACGGCGCCAAGUCUGCGGACGAUGCUUUCAAUCGACACUACGCAGCAAUAUGGGGCGAGGAAAGAUGGAACGAAUCAUUGUACCCGGCACUACUGCAGCCAACACGAUACGCGUGUCUCCUGAAUCGAUAUUCGCCUAUGGACAACGCCGAAAAGUUGUUAGAGCACCCAGAAGUGGAGAGCAAACCCCUUGAGCUUCCUCGCAGGACCCUCAAUUCUUCGGACGAUGGGCUCAGGCCCAAUUGCUUUGUUCGAUACACCAAAGACGGAGAGCCAGCAGACGCACCUUUCCCUCCACCAGACACUUCUACGAGAAUCUUGUCACACUGGAAUCUCGAUGGAGCUUCGGUUCUUGUGGCAAGUCUGCUUAAUGUACAACCUCAGGACAACGUUCUCGAUCUCUGCGCAGCACCUGGAGGAAAAUCGAUCGUCUUGGCGCAACGACUCUGGCCGCAUUUGCACGCCGAUUCAUCGAAUCUCAAACAGAGAGUCUUGACUGAGAAGAUCCGCGCAGGAAAUCUUCAUUCAAACGAAGCUGACGGAGCUCGGCAACGUCGUCUGGCGGAGAACUUGAAGGCGUAUCUAUCGAAGGCUCUCUUUGAUUCAGACCAAGUGAAGACAUUACGAGUUGAUGGCUCAAAGCCAAAUGCAGAAUAUGAGCUACGAGUGAAGACGCCGACAGGAACGACAGGGUACGACAAAGUCCUUGUCGAUGCACCAUGCUCUUCAGAAAGACACAUCAUUCAUGCUCAUGCAAGAGCGGCGGCUGGCGGUCGAGUGGCGGACGAGAUGGCGAGUUGGCGACCUGGAUCAUCGAAGCGGUUGGCGAAGACGCAGAUUGAUCUGCUCAUGACCGGUGUGAAAGCCGCGAAUGUUGGGGCAACGAUUGUAUAUGCGACGUGCUCCAUUGAGCCGACGGAGAAUGAUGGGGUGGUUGAGAAGGUACUAGCACAGGUUCAGAAAGACAAGAAGAAGGGUAUCAAAUGGUGUGUGAAGGUCGGCUUCAAUGGAGGCGAAGGUGAUGCUGAGCUGGAGGGUAAAUUGGAGAAGAAAUGGGCGGAAAAGACGAAGUAUGGUUGGAUCGUGCUGCCUGAUCAUCCGAGUGGUGGGAGAUGGGGACCGCUUUUCUUCGCUGUGUUGACCAAGACCGCAAUUUGA